UAACUCUUUGCAUCUUCCACCAGAGGAUCUCAAAGCGCCCCAGAAGGGUGCACCCUAAAAGCAGAAAGGGGGAGCUGCCUAUAUGCUCCAGUCGCUGUAGAAAACCCCACGUCUUCCUUUGGGACGCUCUGGCGCUAAAGGAGGGGCUGCCAGAGUGGAGAACCAGGGAGCAUUUGCUGGAUGAAGUGUGGUGUUUCCUGUGCAGGAUGGUAACAGGGCUGACCAUCAGCUGCGAGUGAGCUGCUAGAAAGGCGACAAUUGCAGUUUCCACCCAAGCUGCUGAAAUGCCCACCUUCCUUGUGGGUGGAAGGGAAGGGGCUGCUGGCUCUUGUACCCAGUUCUGCCAGGUGUCAAGUGCUCUCAAACACCAUUUACCGUCAAGGAGAGUUGAGGGUGCUUGACACAUUUCAGUCUUGGGCCUUUUGUGCCUACUACAAAGCAAAGACUAUGUGUGAAUGCUUCACCUCAUCAGUGCGCUUGAUAGAUAUUGUCUAAUCCUCCCUCUCUCUCGCCAGAGUGGUGAAGUGGUGCUAUCCCCCCUUGUAUCGGUAGGGAACUCAGCCCCAGGGGUUGUGACUUGCUCAAAGUCUCAGAGUGGUCUGUUAGCAGAGCUGGCAUUAGAACUCUGGCCGUCCUGAUGCCCAGCCCUGUGCUCUUUCCCUAGACCAAGUUACCUCUCAUGAGCCAGGCCUGAAGCAAGGAGUGAAUUUGCUUUCCUCCUGGUAUUUAACAUUGAUCUUAUAUCUCUGGGGGCUGAGCAAAUGGUUUGACCAAGUGACUUGAACUUGGUCUGUUCAUGGACCUUCCUGCCAAAUAGAACAACCUGAUGGUAACAGACUGACUGCAGAGUUAUUCCACAAGCUGUUGCUCUAGCUCUGGUUAAAAAUACCAGCUCAUCAAGACCAGUCCCACGAGAGGGUGAUGUGAACGGGGGCCCUCAGCAUUCUGCUUACCUUCCACUGUCUCCCAGCGUGCAUCCUCGCCAUCAAGGAGGGGAGCAGCCCGUGCACUGACGCCUCCCCGCACCUAGCCCCCUUCUGCGAGAUCCUGGAAACGAUCCUUCGAAAAGGAAUGAAACAGCCGGUGCUGGGCUUCAAGAGACGGGAUUAUUGGCACUGGUUAGAGCAGCUUCCUCAGCAGGAUACCUGCAGUGGGGUGACUCCCUUGUCAAUCAUGGUAGAGAAAGCCAGUUCCUGUGAGAAGGUGCUGACAGCGCAGGGACGAGGGCGGUACUUCCUGCGCCUAGCUUUAAAUCAGAAGUCACUAGCUACUGCCAUUCAACAGCUGGCUCGGAGUCCAAAACUGCUGGAGUGUUACGAUCCUCUGGUCUCAGUGCUGGGAAAUGAAGAUUUCAUGGAGCCGUUCCUCUCACUGAUGCUAGUGGUGUCAGAGAUGAAUUUCUCCCUGGAUCUGCAGAAUUCCAGUUUCUUGGAUGAAAGUUGGCUGCUGCCGGUGUGCCUGACCUAUGAGACUGUACCCUGCAGAGAACUGGGGAUGGUGCUCAGGUACUUGGAUGGUCGGAUCUUCGUCAUCGAGGUGCUUCCCGAGAGCCAGGCAGAGGUGGACGAGGUGGUGCUGGCUGGAGACGUCAUUGACGAGAUCAGUGGCUUUUCCCUGAGAAAUGCACGCAACGGACAGGCAGGGACUGUGCUGCAGAAGCUGAAGGGCAAGCCCCUGAGCUUCCGCAUGAUCCGGUGGAAGUGGCAUGACGGAGGGAUGUACAAGCCGCUGCUGCCCUACCUGAAAGUGCUGAGGGAGAAGGUCCCCAGCUUCCAGCUCCAACAGGAGCACAGACACAAAGAGGAGAAGGAGGAGCGGUGCCUGCAGGGGGGCAGGCUACUGUACAACUUGCGGUACCUGGGCCAGGCCAAUGUAGGAAAGUACGGUGGCAAAGAGGUGCUGGACGAGGGCAUACCCACGGUGUUAGAGCAGCACCUGUGCCCACGGGAAGUUUUAUUUGACGUGAAAGAAACUGAAGUCUUCAUACAAGAGAAAACCUCUUCCAAGGUUCUGUUCCAGUACCCGUAUCCAGAGAUCUCCUGUGUGGGUCGCUGUCUGGACAGCAACAAUCUUUUUGCCUUUUGCGUUGCGGUUUCACCAGGGACCCCUGAACACAGUACCUUUGACUGUCUGGUGUUUGAAUCAAAUUCUGCGAAUGAAUGUGAAGAAAUUAUCAAGAGAAUUGGACUGAAGAGGAGCUAUCCAGCGGUUACAGAAAAUGAAACUAAAACUAAAACAAGCUAUGACGGGAAGGCUCAUAUGCAAAAUUCCAAAGAUACACGUAUCUACUCAGACACAUACAGAUAAUAAAAUACAAAGUGCAGACAAAACAAACUUGCCAGGUAAAACCUAACUUUU